GACUUUACGCAAGCGGCAAGACUGCAACACGACUGUGCGUCCAGUGUUACUCAAGAAGUUUAGUCUGUCUGAUCAAUUACUUUUGUCAACAGAUAACCCGUGGGACCGCAUACCUGGAUUUCCCGUCUGUCUUCCCUCACAAGUUGUUGAUUGCCUGACAUUUCAUACGUGUUUUGGUGUAUUUUCCAACAAAUACCACUGUUAGCAAAGAGCCUGGGUUAGCUAACAAGGUCAAGUGUUUUCUAAUGAGCACGUGCAAGUGUCACCAGAAGUGAAUACCUUUAUUGUGGAAUUAAUCUGCCACCGAAAUGGCUGGGUUGAUUAAUUUUGAAAACGAAAGUGAAGUGAAGGAGUUCCUGGAUAACUUAGGAGUGGAAUACAGCUUUCAGUGCUACCGAGAGAAGGACCCAGAGGGAUGUCAGAGACUAGCUGAUUACUUGGAAGGAGUCAAGAAAAACUACGAAUCUACAGCACACGUUCUCAAACAUAACUGCGAGACAAAUGGGCACGCAGAGAGCUGCUAUAAGCUUGGGGCAUACUAUGUCACCGGGAAAGGUGGCUUGACCACGUGCCUGAAGACGGCCUACUCCUGUUUUGAGCGCGCAUGUAAAGCCGGUGGCAAGAAGUCGGUGGAUGCCUGCCACAAUGUGGGGUUGCUGGCCCACGAUGGGCGGGCCAUGGAGGGUGGUCCGGACGCGGGCAUCGCGCGGGAGUACUACGAGAAGGCGUGCGGCGGGGGCUUCGCUCCCAGCUGCUUCAACCUGAGCGCGCUCUACAUCCAGGGCUCAGAGGGGCAGGAGAAGAACAUGCCCCUGGCACUCAAGUACGCCAUGCGUGCCUGCGAGCUGGGACACGUGUGGGGCUGCUCCAACGCCAGCCGAAUGUACAAACUGGGGGACGGGGCGCCGAAGGACGACCAGAAGGCGGAGGACUUGAAGAACAGGGCCAAGGAACUGCACGGCCAGCAGAAGGAGAGGCAGCUCAAAUUUGGAGAGUGAUCAUUACGGGAGAAGACAAGGAGUUGGAAAGUGCAGUCGGUAGCACUUUGUACAUACAUGUGCUCUCGGAAACUCGUAUUUACUAGUCUCGGGAACUCAUGUAUAAACAUUUUUCAAUGAGUUUUUCAGUGGAAAAUACCACUUGGGUGUCGUUCAUGUGUGUCAGCGUUUGGUAUUUACCAUAAUUCCGAGAGCACAUGAAUGCACAAGCUUUAACGCUGGCAUCAUACAUAUGACAUAACAGUGUCAUUGCAGUGUUGUAACA